AUGCCAGUGGAGGGCGGGACCAGCAGCGGCUCCGCGUCGGCCUCGAGUCGUCACCCGAAACAGAAGAGAAAAGCCCACAGUCUGUCGAUCAGGAGAACCAACAGCACAGAGGACAGACCAGGGGGAUUACUGAGAGGAGAGAUGCUGGACGGACAGGACUCUAAGCUUCCCCUCACCUUAAGGAACAACCUUUUGGACCUGUUUGGACAAAUUGAACGAGAGUUUGAGAAUCUCUACAUUGAAAACAUAGAGCUUCGUCGUGAGAUCGAGUCGUUGAACGAUCGUCUGACCGGAGAUGGACAGACCGUGGACGGAGCCGAUCCCAGCAAAGGAGUGCUCAAAGCUAAAGCGAGCCAUAGCACGAGCCAACUGUCACAGAAGCUAAAGACGACUUACAAAGCGUCCACCAGCAAGCGGUCGCACAUGCUCCAGAGUAAAAUAGGAGGAAUAGCUGGACCCUGCGGCUUCAGCGCGGCCUCAUGGGAGCUGUGGGGCGGAGACUCGUGGAUUGUGUCGAGUUUCAAAGCCACGGCGGGCUCCAGAGCUCUGUGUCAGCUGCAGAAGGAGUACAUGGGGCAUCGGGACGGGAUCUGGGACCUGGGCAUCACCAAGACUCAGCCUGUGGUCCUGGGCACGGCCUCCGCAGAUCAUUCUGCUCUGCUGUGGAGCAUCGAAACGGGAAAAUGUGUCCUGAGAUACGCAGGUCACGCAGGAUCAGUAAACUCCAUCAAGUUUCAUCCGACAGAACAGAUGGCCCUCACAGCCUCAGGGGACCAGACGGCUCACAUCUGGAGGUACAUGGUGCAACUGCCCGCGCCGCAGCCUCAGCCAGAUGUUACCGCCCCUCCGGACGACGACCAGGACUCCUCAGACCGGGAGGAGGGGGAGGUGGACGCGGAGGGACCGUGCGAGGUGCCCACGGUCCGGGUCGCCACUGCCACGCUGAAGUCCCACCAGGGCGUGGUCAUCGCGGCUGAUUGGCUGGUGGGCGGGAAGCAGGUGGUGACGGCGUCCUGGGACCGAGCUGCAAACCUGUACGAAGUGGAGACCUCCGAGCUCGUGCACUCACUCACAGGUCAUGACCAGGAGCUGACCCACUGCUGCACUCACCCCACUCAGCGCCUGGUGGUGACGUCGUCCCGGGACACCACCUUCAGACUGUGGGACUUCAGAGACCCCUCCAUCCACUCUGUCAACGUGUUCCAGGGCCACACCGACACAGUGACGUCAGCGGUGUUCACGGCGGGAGAUAACGUUGUUUCCGGGAGCGACGACAGAACUGUGAAAGUGUGGGACCUGAAGAACAUGAGGUCUCCCAUCGCCACCAUCCGCACCGACUCCGCCGUCAACAGGAUCAGCGUCUCCGCCAGCAGUCGCAUCAUCGCUCUGCCUCACGACAAUCGGCAGGUUCGUCUGUUCGACAUGAGCGGAGUGCGGCUCGCCAGACUUCCCCGCAGCAACAGAAUGGGCCACAGGCGGAUGGUCUGCUGCACGGCCUGGAACGAGGAGAACCAGUCGUGUAACCUGUUCACCUGCGGCUUCGACAGACAGGCCAUCGGCUGGAACAUCAACAUCCCGGCUCUGCUGCAGGAGAAGUGA